AAAGGAGAGAAGAAAGCCCCGAAAUAAAAAUCUCGCCUUUCCUCUCGUCUUCGCCGCUGCUACUGCUGCUUCUUCCGUGGUGGGGGUGGUGUGCGAUGGAUUCCUCCAGCGAGACGCUCACCCGGGAGCAGUUCGUGUACCUGGCCAAGCUUGCGGAGCAGGCGGAGCGCUACGACGAGAUGGCUGGCUUCAUGGAGAGGCUGGCGCGGGAGCACACGCCGUCCUCCGGCGAGCUCACCGUCGAGGAACGCAACCUAUGUUCCGUCGCGUACAAGAACCUCGUCGGUGGCCGCCGCGCCUCCUGGCGGAUCAUCUCCUCCAUCGAGCAGAAGGAGGAGGGCCGCAGAAACGAGGAUCAUACCGCCCACGCUCGGGCCUACCGCUCCCGCGUCGAGGCCGAACUCUCGAACAUCUGCGGCCGGAUCCUCGCGCUGCUCGACUCCCACCUCGUCCCUUCCGCUGCCACCAGCGAGUCCAAUGUCUUCUACCUCAAGAUGAAGGGUGAUUACCACCGCUAUAUCGCCGAGUUCAAGGCCGGGGAGGAGCGGAAGGCCGCGGCCGACGACACCAUGAGCGCGUACAAAGCCGCUCAGGAUAUUGCACUUGCAGAUCUUCCACCAACACAUCCUAUAAGGUUGGGCUUGGCUCUUAACUUUUCGGUGUUCUACUACGAGAUCCUGAAUUCUUCAGAGAGGGCUUGUAGCAUGGCAAAACAGGCAUUCGAGGAGGCUAUCGCAGAAUUAGACAGUUUGGGUGAAGAAUCUUACAAGGAUAGUGCCCUCAUCAUGCAGCUGCUACGCGACAAUCUUACUCUUUGGACUUCUGAUGCACAGGAACAAAUUGAUGAAGCCUAGGAGGAACAGAGCAUUAGAGGAGGCCUUGAAUGUCAUGUAUCCAUGGCUGAAUCUGGUCAAGCAAGCACCACUUUUACACUGAAGACUAUAUAAUAAUAGAUAGUCUCAAGACCUUUGGUAUCUUAUUUGCAAUCCUUGUAGGUUGUUCAUGUGAUCUUGUUCCAUCUCUUUCUUCUAUGAAUGUUACUGGGCUCUUUUGUUUUCUCUGUCUAAAUGGAAUCAAGAAGUCUGAUCCAUGAACAUGGUGAAAGGGAUUAUACGA